AUGAGGACCUUGAAAUCAUCCGACAAUGAAAAUGAUGCCGUGUGGUUCAAGUUCGGAGAAAACCAAGCUAGACUCGGGUUACAAGAGUUUUCUCUUGUAACCGGAUUAACGAUCGUGGAUGAUCCCGAGUACGAGGCCCCCGAAAGAAGUAGUUCGCUUUUGCAUCUAUUCAAAAAGAAGCGUGGGAAGAUAAUGAGGAAGGAUUUGCUCGAGAAAUUUGAUGAAUUGAAGAAGAAAGAAGAUGCAAACUUGAAAUACAAAUUGGGGCUUAUCACGGUCCUCGAGCACGUGAUUUUGUCUGCAGAGUGUCGGACUUUCGUAGAUGAAAAAUGGUUCCAUUUGGUUGAAGAUUUGGAGCAUUUCAAUAGUUAUCCUUGGGAAAACUUGUCGUAUGGGUACACCGUGAAGUUGUAUAAGCGGAACAGUUUCGGUAAAACAAAAAACCCAAAGUCGAUAAUGUAUUCUCUUCACGGAUUUCCCCUAGCUAUCAUGGUUUGGGCAUUUGAGGCACUGCCUGAGUUAGGAAGACAAUUUGCUGAACAAUGUUCUACUGGCGGACUUCCGAGAAUAAUGUGUUGGAAAAUGGACAAACAUGUGCGAAGCGAGCAACUUAUUACGUUUUUCAACACGUCGGAGGUUCAAGUUCGACGAACGUUACAACCUUCAAGUGAUGAAGUUGAAACUUCAUACUUGAAGGAUUUCGGCAUAACUUCACAGGAUCAAGAAAGUGUGCCUGAAGAUGAGGAAGAAGAAGAAGGAGAAAAAAAUGACGCUGAGGAUGAGGAUGGUAAGGAAGAGGAGGAAGAAAAAAAUGAUACAUCUCCAUCCGAUCCACCACAACCCCAAGUUUUGGAUGCUGAAAAUAUUCGAACUAUAGUCAGGGAAGUUGUGACGGAAGUUGUGAAGGACGAGAUGAGAAUAUUUUCCGAGCGAAUGGAGAUGAUGAUGGAGAAGAAGAUGGAGCGAAUGGAGAUGAAGAUGGACAUGAAGAUGAACAAUUUUUUUGACCGAAUAGAAAAAUUAGUUUUUCAAGCAAAAGCUGGUCCAUCUACCCGUGCUACCUAUGACGGGACAAAUGUUGAUGAAGAGGUUGAUCCAGAGACCGGUCGAACAAUAGAUGGUGUUGAAGACACAGUGAAAUCACCAUGUCCGAUGCCCCAGCAAGAAAUGGCUGGACUUAAUGAUGAUGCGGGUAUGUAUAGUAUAAUUGUAAAUAAUACGUAA